CGCGCAAUUUGAGUCAAAAUUGAAAACCCUAAUCCCCAAAUCGACAACCAUGGGGGUGCUGAUAUCUCCGACGAAGCUCCGAUGCGAUCUCCACUCAUGGUCGCCGCCGGAAACUCCAACGACGACGCCGUUAGUCAUCUCCGUUCUCGCCUCUCUAAUCGAGCGAGCGGUGGCGAGAAACGAGAGGAUCGCCAAGCGCCACCGCAAAUGUCCGCCGGCGAAGGCGGCGGCUUCCAUCUUCGACUGCAAGGAGACGCCGGACAUGACGGUCCAGUCGUAUCUGGAGCGAAUAUUCCGGUACACCCGAGCCGGACCGUCGGUCUAUGUGGUUGCCUACGUGUACAUCGACCGGUUCCGGCAGAACUUCCCGGAAUUCCGAAUCGCCGGCGGCAACGUCCACCGCCUCCUGAUCACCACCAUCAUGGUCGCCUCCAAGUACGUCGAAGACCUUAAUUACCCGAAUUCCUACUUUGGUCGGGUGGGGGGGCUGUCGGCGAAGGACAUGAACAGGCUGGAGAUGGAGUUUCUGUUCUCGAUCAAGUUCAGACUGCACGUGAAUGUGAGCGUGUACGAGAGCUACUGCAGCCAUUUGGAGAGGGAGGUGAGCUUCGGAGGAGGCUACCAAAUCGAGAGGGCUUUGAGGUGUGCAGAAGAGAUUAAGACAACAUCUUCCUACAACCGCCGGAUUUCGUCAACAACCGCACGCGCCGCCGCCGUUAAUUACCAUCGCAGUGGUGCUUCUCUUCUUCUGUAAAUAUAGUUUAUAUUGAUAUAUAUAUAUAUGUGUGUGUGUAAUUAUUAAUAUUAAUACAGUAAGAUUUAAUUGUACAGUGACUGGUGUUUGAUAAUAACAAAGGACCUCGAAUUUCCUUGUUGUAAAUUAGAGUGUUGAAAUCGUGGAAUUAAUUAAAAUGUUUAUAUAUUAAGUAUAUCACCGAACAAUUGAGCAA